AUGGACAAAGCCCUUGUGGGAAUUAUCUUAACAGUCGACGGGAAUGUCAUUACCGCCCCAGUCGGCGCGGUGGAGCUUGAAGAGGGUUCAAAGCAGCUGAAACUGUCGCGCGCAAACAAGCCUCCAUCGAUCCCCAUACGUACAGCAUCGAUAAUGGAGCCUAUCUGUCUCUCCUUUCCUCCGAGACCACUGAUAUCAACAGCCCAGUUCUACAAAACAUCAUUGGAAUUUGGUGGUUUACAAGACCCCGAUGUCAUCAUCAAUCAUGCAGCCGCCAUGGGCACCGCUCUAUCUCCCGUUGGAACACCUACGGUGACACUGAGAGCAUACCGUUGUGACCAGGAUUUAGUCAACGCUUACUACAUCUUCAUCCAUCCAUAUUUUCCCUUCCUUCCCCCGCCCAUUGUGCCUCAGUAUGAAGAUCGACCUGUGCCCAUUACUGUACCAGACGCCGAACCCAGCCGCUCCUGCUUGCCAUCAAUGUCGAGUAGUCCCUUGGGUCUAGCCAUUGCAGCAAUAUUAAUCUUGGUCCCCAUGCCUGAGGAUGCUAAUCCGAUGAGCGAAACUGCUCGCAAGCUGAGGCGCUCGUACGCUGAGCUGUACGCACGGGCAGCUUUGGCAGGUGUUGAGAUUUUUCUUGAAGAGUACGAGCACAUGGGCACGGCUUUCUCUAGUGAUAUGGAUUUGUCGCGAGCUCUACAAAGUCCGUUGCAGUUAGGCCUCCCUCUUCCUGUUGAGUCUGUUCUAGCGCUGACGCUACUUGCUAUCUAUGAGUACGUCCAGCGGAGUAACGUCGCGAAGAUGCGGCCCCGAGCUACCAAGCACUUACAACGGCCAUGCACCUAUCCCUGCACACAGCUAGCUCCGUCAGCUCGGACUACUCGGACGCGGGUCGUCGGACGUGGUGGAUGGCGAUGUUUCUGGUUUGUCAGUCGUCCAUUCUAA